CACCGCCGGCACAACACACCUCCAACAUGUACAAGCUGGUGAUCCUACCCCUGCUGUUCGCCGCCGUGUCGGCCGGCUACCUGGGAGGAGUGGCCGUGGCGCCAGCGGCCGUCGCUGCCCCCGCCAUCGCCGCCCCCGUCGCCUACGCCGCCCCCGCCAUCGCCGCCGCCCCCGCCUUGGCUGUGGCUCCCGCUCUGCGCGCCGCCCCUCUGGCUCUCGCCGCCCCCGCCAUCGCCGCUCCUCUGCCCUACGCAGCUGCGGCACCGAUCCUUAAAAUUCACUAAGGAAAUGAUUACUGUAAGCAUAGUGCCAUCUGUACAUAAAUAAAGGUCGAUAUGUAAAACAGAUAAA